ACCCUAGCGCCAACAUCGACCCGCCUACAUUUGAGCUCUGAGCUGGUUGGAAAGCUAAGAGUGUGAUCAUGUAUCUUCAGUUCUACAUCAACGAGAACGGGGACAAAGUCUACACCACUAAGAAAGAAUCACCGCUGGGACUGGCUACGCAAUCCGCCCACCCUGCUCGCUUCUCCCCUGAUGACAAGUAUUCAAGGCAAAGGUAUCUUCUAAAGAAGCGCUUUGGAUUGUUGCCUACCCAGCAGUCUCCUCUCAAAUACUGAAGACCUCACAGAGACCCUGAGCUCCUUCAGCAUGUCUCCCCAGAGUGUCUUUCUAUGGAAGUGUCUGGCUUAGUAGGAAUGUUAUCUUGUUGAACAUUUGCUUUUGGGAUUGUAAUGUAAGUAGUAGCACAGAUGGUUGUAGACUGCGUAUUAUUACUUAUUUUCUUAAAUGUGGUUUCAAAACUCUGGCUCUAUAUCUUUAGGACUGAAUGACUUUGUUUAGAUGAUGCUUGCUCAGA